GGCUGGCUGAUCCGGGUUCCGGCGGGAGGGGCGGCUGUUCUAGCGUCUUGCUGUCGAUCCUGUCACACGCACUGCGGCUUCUUUGUUUCCUACCGGGAAGAAUCCACUGAAAAUGAGGGGCUUCGGCGGAGACCGUGACCGCGGCAGAGACCGGGGAAGCAACGGCCCACGGUUUGGUGGUGGGCCCAGCCGUGGGGGUCCAUCACUUGGUAAGAAAUUCGGACAGCCUGGAGAACGCCUGAGGAAGAAGAAGUGGGACCUGGAGGAGUUGCCUAAAUUUGAGAAGAACUUCUAUGUAGAGCACCCUGAAGUGGUUCGAUUAAGCCCGUACGAUGUUGAGGACUUCCGUCGAAAGAAAGAGAUUACAACAAAAGGAACGGACUGUCCGAAACCAGUGUUCCAGUUUCACCAAGCAAAUUUUCCUUCCUACGUAAUGGACGUUCUUUGUUCGCUGAAUUUUGUGGAGCCGACGCCGAUCCAGUGCCAGGGCUUUCCUGUGGCACUCAGUGGUCGUGAUAUGGUUGGAAUUGCACAGACUGGAUCUGGCAAAACUCUGGCUUACUUACUGCCAGCCAUUGUACACAUCAACCAUCAGCCAUUCCUGGAGCGUGGUGAUGGCCCCAUUUGCUUGGUAUUGGCUCCAACUCGAGAGCUGGCACAGCAGGUGCAGCUGGUCGCAGAAGACUAUGGCAAAUCUUCACGGAUAAAGAGUACCUGUAUUUACGGAGGUGCACCUAAAGGCCCUCAGAUCCGGGACCUGGAGAGGGGAGUGGAAGUCUGUAUUGCAACCCCAGGCCGAUUAAUUGACUUUCUGGAAGCUGGGAAGACUAAUCUCCGUCGCUGUACUUACCUGGUGCUGGAUGAAGCUGACCGCAUGCUGGACAUGGGCUUUGAGCCUCAGAUCCGGAAGAUUGUGGAACAGAUCCGGCCAGACAGACAGACUCUGAUGUGGAGUGCCACUUGGCCAAAAGAAGUGCGGCAACUAGCAGAGGACUUCCUACGGGAUUACAUCCAGAUCAAUGUUGGAGCCCUGGAGCUGAGUGCCAAUCACAAUAUCCUCCAAAUUGUUGAUGUAUGUCAGGAGACGGAGAAGGACCUGAAACUGCUCCACCUGAUGGAAGAAAUCAUGGCAGAGAAAGAAAAUAAGACCAUCAUCUUUGUGGAGACCAAACGUCGCUGUGACGAUCUGACCCGCAGGAUGAGGAGAGACGGCUGGCCAGCAAUGUGCAUUCAUGGAGAUAAAAGUCAGCCAGAGAGAGACUGGGUCCUAAAUGAAUUCCGUUCGGGAAAGGCACCCAUCCUUAUUGCAACCGAUGUUGCAUCUCGCGGUCUAGAUGUGGAAGACAUCAAAUUUGUCAUCAAUUACGACUAUCCCAAUUCCUCCGAGGACUACGUACAUCGCAUUGGCCGUACAGCGCGUAGUACUAAUAAAGGCACAGCCUACACCUUCUUCACACCAGGCAACGUGAAACAGGCUAGGGAGCUGAUCAAAGUGCUGGAGGAGGCUAACCAAGCCAUUAACCCAAAACUCCUACAACUUGUUGAUCAUGGGAGAGGAGGCGGAAGAGGAGGCCGAUCCCGUUACCGGCCCACUGGCUCCAACCCCAACACCAUGUACAGAGACGAUCGAGACAGAGGCCGCAGCCGGGCUUUUAGAGACCUCGAUGGGGACCGCAGAGACAGGGGAGAUGGGGGCAGGUUUGGGGGACAGAGAGAUUCCCGAGAUGGUGGCGGUCCAUUGAGUAAGCAGAGUUUCCGAUCUCCACAGGCUAACAGUUAUGGGAGUCCCGUUUAUGGGCAGCAGUCAGUCCAAUAUCCAAACUUUACCCAAAGCGGGCUGUAUGGGGGUACUAACCAAAGCACAUAUGGAGCUGCAUCUCAAGCAGGGUUUGGAAAACCAGGUACCUUUCAAAGUUCAAGCGCAGGGGGCACUUACGGAGCCACUGGGUAUGGCAGUGCUGCCCAAGGUGCGGCUUACGGUUCAAAUAACUAUAAUGCUUCAUCUUCUGCUAGUGGAGGGCGGCCCCCACAGUCCUCGGCACAGUACAGGCAGAAUGGGAUGGGACAACAACCACAGCCGCUGAUGUCUCAAACAUAUCAACAGAGCAACUCAUUGUUGGGUUACAUGUCCCAGGGGGCCUAUCAGUAUGCACCACCUCCCCCACCACCACCUACUUCACAGGGAUCAAACCGAAAAUAAUUUCGCUUUUGUAAAAUUUACACUUUAUUUCCCUGUUUAUAAGACCUAGGCAUCAACUCCAUUUUCUACUGAAGAAUAAAGUUUUAAAAGGAUGAGUAAAUUAUACAAUUGCAUCCACCUUGACUUUAUUACUAUAAUAGUAUGAGGCAAGAGGCAAACUUUCUGACGCUGAUCCACAUGAUCAAACUGGGCUGUUCUGUCAACUUGACUACUGACACCUACUGUAAAUCUUAUUGAAAUGUAGGUUGUGUGUUAAUGCUUGCAAAUCAUGGCACAGAGCUAACCUGCUGAUCACUCAGUGAAAUGGAGGCAGAUCAUUGGUCAGUGCUUGAACCUUGACCCCUGCUCAUCUCCUAGUGUUUGAACUCCUGUCGUGCCCUUGGUUCACCCACUCUCCAGAAUAAUUUUAAAACCAGCCUGUUCCAUUUUUGAGUGUAUCUUUAAAAAGGUAGGUUUGUGUCUUAAGUUUUCAUAGUGUAAUUUUAUCAGAAUGUCUACCAACCCUAUAAUUCAACUGUAACCUGAAGCCAGAAAUUCAGACUUGGCCCUUUUCACUCUGAUAGCAGCAGUUUCCAGUGCAAAUACGAUAACUGGUACAAGAGAAAAAGUCGAGUCAAAUUUUCCAAUUUUGAAGUAACCAUAUAAACCAUCAAAAAUCUUUUCUACUUAAUGCCACUUUUAUUUUGAGUCUCUUUUAGUGGAAACUUUUUAAUUGUGUUUAAACUCAACUUGUGUCUAAAACUGCUCUUGGACACCUGUGAAAGACUACAAUUCAUAAAAACCUUUGGGUCUCUUUGGUUGCAAGAUUGUUAGUUUGAUCUGCUUCUAAGAAUUCUGAACGUUAUGGGGAGAGAUGGGGGUCAAAGGGAGUCUGAUUAAUUAUCUAUUAGUUGAGAGGUUUUGACAUGGCUCUCAGCUUAAGGUAGUUGAGGUGAGGAAUAGCGAUGCCUGUGACUGUCAACUUGGGCAAUGAAGACUGUCCAUGCUCAAAACAUAGAGCCACAUUUUGGCUCCCGUGUUAUUGACUACAUUUUCAGUUUUAAUGAAGUACAGUCUUAAUUAAAUUGAUAUUUGGAACAACCUAUAAAAUUGAGAAAUAGUAACAGCUUCUCAGUAAAACAGGGCAAAAGGAGAUUCCAAAACAGAGAGAGUGAAUUGACUCUUCUCAACUCCAAUCCCGUAUCUGUAAGUUAGCAGAACGAUUCUAAGCUAACUUCAGUUGCCUUUAAGAAAUGGAUGGUCAUGUUGCAGUAAUGUCCCAUGGUGCAAGCAAUGAGGUCUGACUCAUGUCAAUGUUUAACUCAGGUUCUAUUGAAGUCUUUUAGAAUUGAUUUAUGAUGGUUUAAAGUUGUUAACAAGUUUAAGUAUUGGAACUGUUACUCAACUACUUUCUUAUAGUCACCAGCUUGCUGCUCUCUUUCUUUCUCUCCAUUGUCCAAAAGGAAUAUUGCUUGAUAGUAAAGAGGAGAGCUAUCCUUCAGCAGGUGCUAUAGGCUAACCAACAGGUGACAAGAAGUUAGCAGCAUUGUUGGGUGCAUUCUGAUACGUCAGGCCACUGCUCUGUUGAGUAAUUUUUCCAUACAUAGUAGCAGUGUGUUGUUCCUGUAUUUUUGAGGUUAAUUUGACCAUUUUCCCUCUUAUUUAAUAAUUGGCCAGUUUUUUAAUAUAUAUAUAUAUUGCUAAGCGUUCAUGCUGCUGGUAGGUUUUUCAAAUAUAUUGAGUGCUGGAUGUAUCGUUAAAGGUAGGUGUUACAUAAAUGAGCUCAUUUAACAAAAAAAAUCAAAUUUUUGAGGCAUUGUAUAGCAGCUAAUUUUAAAAUUUGAAACUACCAUCUUUUGGAGGCUCUGAUGGUAGGAUUGUAACAGCUUUCAGAUCGUGUGGUAAAGCUUCAACAUUGCUUUCUUAAGUUCCCCUCGUAGGUCCAAAUGUCCUGUCAUCAUAAAACACAUUAUUAAUGAGAAACAAAAAUUUGGAAGUUUUAAUAUAAAGAUGAGACCAACCAAAAUUUUUGUCCUGAAAAGGGGAAAUCUUUCCAGUUACAAUCAGCUGUAAUGCUAUGUUCUGUAGCCAAGCUGUUUUGAUGUAAUUCAAAUGACCUUUACCGUCUCUUAAAUGCGUACAUUGUUCUGCAUUCAAUCAGUAACAUCAUUCCUGUUAAUAAAACUUGAAAUCUGCCCAUUGCUUACUGUGAAUCUGUUUUGUUUUGAUAUUGCAAUGCAUGUUGUAAACGAAUUGAUUCAAAUUGCUAUUGGAAUAUUUGCCAAUGUGACUGUCCUGAUGGGGGGAGAUGAAACUUAGUUCCUGAAAUGUGCCUUUUGCCUACUGGUGGCAUCAGCAGGUUACCAGCACCAGUGACAGACUGCCGAACGUGCAGGUACUUCAGCUUUGCAAAGUUUACACUUGGCACUGGCACUAAAGAGUCUCCCUCUUGACAUUUCUGAUUUGGGGAAUAAUGAAGCGGAGGGAGGAGCAGUGAGGGUAACUUGUAUGUAAUUUCAUUGUGAGCAAACCUGGCUUGAACUUUACACAGCUUGCCAGUGGGGGAAAGAACUGGCAGUUGUGACAUCAGCAAUCUUUGAAGACAUGUUCUCAGGCAGCUUGACCCUAGUCUUUCCAAUCAGAGCAGGUUGUCAGCAUGAGGGUGACACUAUUACCAGCCUGUAACUAGUCCUUUAAAGCAAAUGUUGGGUCUCACAGUGAAUUUGUGUGAUCUCCUGCAAUCUAUUUUUCCCUUCCUUUACUUGGUUACUUUUCCAACCAAGCUGCACCUUUUUAUAACACCAGCAUCUUUGAGUUCUGGCUCAUCAGACCAUUUUAUACAACAUUAUGGAUGUAAUUGUGUGCAGCCUGGUUGCAGAGCUAUUAAAAUCUGACAUUGCAGUUUUUAAGACUACCUGACACCCAAAGCUCCAACCCUCAGUGGUAAUUUCUGUCUAUUUUGGGGCCGUAUCAAUUAAUAACAUUACACUCGGUUGAAAAGAAACAGCCGGGUGACUGGGCAAGCAGAUUCUAGAGAUAGUGAUGACCAUUUGUGACAUUCACGUUUUCCUCAUUUAAAUGCUUUAGGUGUUCUGAAGUUGAUUUUUUUCCCUAAUUGCAGGAUUUAACAGUAAUACAAAAUAACUUUCAUAUUAUUGACAAUUUGCUCUGAGCUACUGAAAGUCAUUGCAUACUGUUAGCCUGUCAAUCUUUUAAAUCUAGAGGUUUAUUGAGUCCCAACCUAUGACUGCUCAAACUGUAAGAAUCCUGCAGCUGGUGGAAGAAUCGCAGCAAUCUAAGCAAGUCUUGUAAUUCUUCCUUGUAUGUGAAAGGUUUGACCUUGUGAGGUUGUACACCGUCUCAGUCUUAUUAAUGUGCUAUUUUGAUACUGUACUGGUUUUCUUGUAUUUUGCAAUUCCAGUAAUAAAGAGAUAUUUACCAAA